AUGUCGACCAAGUCCUUGGCGCUGACGCUGGUGCACCCUGGGCAGCUGGAGCUUCGCGCGGUGUGGCAGGAUGAGAGGCUCCAGCCAGGGGAGUUUCUCGUGGAGGUGGAGUACAGCAGCGUGCAGCCCAUGGACGGCGAUAUGUUCCACUGCUGCGGCGCUUUCAGCGACCUCGCCUUGCCGCACGUCAUGGGCGUGGAAGGAGUGGGCGUCGUGCUGAAGUCCGAGAACCAGCGCCUGAAGGAAGGAGCCAGGAUUGGCUUCCUGCUGCGAAAGUUCUUCAACGAUGAGCACCACGGCUGCUGGCAAAAGCGCCUAGUGCUCGACGAACGGAGAGCGCUGGUCUUGGGCGUGCCGCCGGUGGUCGGCUUGAACCAAGUGGCGGCCUGCCUCAGCUCCUCCGUGGCAGCGCUGGCCUUCCUGAAGCCCUUCGCGCCCCAGUCCCAGAUCAUCGUGACCGGCGCCUGUGGCGCAGUGGGCUUGGCUGUGCUCCAGCUGGGCGCGCUCCGCGGGCAUCGGAUGCUCGCCUUCGUGCGGGGCCCGGAGCGCGCCGCGUGGCUCGCCGGCGCGGGGCUCGCGGGGCUGCCGAGCGCGGAGCUGGCGGUGGUGGACACCAACUCGGACUGGGUGAGGCUCGCUGCGCCCAUGUGCGGCAAGGGGGAGCUCAUGUCUCCGGAGUCCCAGGAUGUCUGCGGCGGCGCGGAUGGCAUCAUCGACGCCGUGGGGGGGGAGGUGCUGGCGCUGGCAGCGGAGCAUUUGCUCCGAGUGCGCGCCACCGUGGUGAGCUUUGGCAAUGCUGCAUGCGAGUCCAACGAGCGGCUGGCAGCGGCGCAGAGGAGGCUGAGGCUGCAGGUGAGGCGUGAGAGCGUGGAGUCCUUUAUGGCCACUCCAGACGCUGCCGAGCAGGUGCAGAAGGCAUUUGAGCUGAUCGGCGUGUACCAGGCCAAGGCCUGGCAUGUGGCCAGCUGGCGAGAGGCCCAGGAGUGCAUGAAGGAGCAGCCAACCUGGACGCGGCACCAGACCCAGGUGAAGCCUGGCAGAAUCGGCCGGAUCCUCUUGAAGCUGAAUGGGGACAUCCCUCAAGCAUAUCGAAAUCAUGGCUACAAGAUCUUGGUGAAGGGUCCAAAGGAGACCAUUAGGUUCACCUUCGAGGAGGAGUCCGCUCAGAGUCACAACCGGAGCCUGGCGGACAUGAUGCGCCUGAGCUCGGAGCUCUUCGAUGAGCGCAGUGGCCCAAAUCCAGCGCGCCCAUUUAGCCAGAUGAGCAUCAUCAUCUCAGACGGCAGGUUCAACAAGAGCAAGGUACGGCCCUGGGUUCACGCGGCCCUGGCCCGGCAGCAGCUUCCGCUCCUCAUCAUCGUGGACGACUUCGAAGCAGACAAGGCUGCCGGCAAGCGCAGCGUCUUCGAUUUGCGGGCCGUGAGCUACGAAACUGGUCGUUGCCAGGUGGUGCCAUAUCUACAAGACUUUCCGUUCCCCUACUACGUGGUGGUGCAGGAUUUACAAUCACUUCCAGCGAUUCUCAGCGAUGUCAUGAAGCAAUGGUUUGAACUUGCAACCAGUGCCUGA